AUGGCAAGUCUAGAUGGGAAAAACUCACAAGCUUCUUACAUGGUUGAAAAUUCAAAUAUGAUGAUAAAUGACAUGCAAGUUCCCAGGUCUUGUGCCUACUCAAUGGCAAUCACAAGCAAAGGCACAGAAAUGCAGUACACAAAGAUCAUUAAGACUCUUGCAGCCAUUGAUUUCUCCUGCAACAGAUUUGGUGGAGAAAUUCCAGAAUCCAUUGGGAAUCUCAAAGAGCUUCAGUUGCUCAAUUUUUCGAAUAACAAUCUAGUUGGAGGAAUCCCAAAAGCUAUAGCGAAGCUCACUAAUCUUGAAUCUUUGGACCUUUCAAGGAACAAGCUAGAGGGAAGAAUUCCUUUGGAGUUGAGUCCUGGACUCAAUUUCCUUGAGUUCCUCAACCUCUCUCAUAAUCAUCUCACAGGGCUUAUACCACAGGGCCACCAAUUUGAUACUUUUCAAAGUAGUUCCUUUGAAGGAAAUCCAGGGUUGUGUGGAAAACAAUUGCUAAAAGAAUGUAACACUAAUUCUGGAGGAUUGCCGACUCCAUCUUCAACUAGUUCAGAAGGGUCUGGAUCAUUGGAUUGGAUAGCAAUAUUUCUGGGCUAUGGAUUUGGAUUCCUAUUGGGAACAGUGAUUGGGAAUAUUGUAAUCAAAACGAAACAUGAUUGGUUUACCAAGACUUUCUCCAAAAUCAUGGAAGCAGGCGAAUGA